UGUUUUGUUGCUCUAUUUAGCUCCCCAUUGGGCGCAAAGACGUUAUUUUGUUCAAUUAGUGCGUAAAAGGACGGGAUUGUUCUUGAAAUGGUACUCAUUAUCUCCCAAUUUGUUUCCCCUGGUCUAUGCCUAAAUGUUUUUUGCCUCAGAAAUUACUAGUACCAUUCAGUGUCUAGAGCUGAGCAAUUCCUUUCAUGAGCUGGGUGAAAUCAAUGUGUCACCUGGAUUUGGUCUUUUCUUCAUGAGUUUAGGUUGCUUAUCUAUGUGAUGCAAGGGGAAAAUUGAUUUUAUUCCUGGAAGUUCUUUUCUUAUAUAUUCCUCCUUUAGCUUGGACUGAAAAUUUUGAUUUUGCUAUGAUGAAGAAAUACGCAUAUCAAUGUUGUGAUCAUGUCGCGUGAUGAAUGCCUUGCUCUUUCGCGACCAAUAGCUUAAUAUUGUAGAUGCUUGGAUUGCAAUUUGAUGAGAAUAAUCCCCUUUGUUACAGCUGGUACCAAUUGUUUGGUUUUUCAGGAUGAACAAGACGAUUGUACAAGAAGUGAAAUGUGAAUCCAGUGUUUCUUUUGACGUUUCCAAGCCUGAAUCAACUGCUUCUGUUAAGAGGAAAAGGGUGAAGCGAGAGCUUGAAUUGAAUGGGGAGCAUCCUAAGAAGCAGGUUGGUAUUGUCCCUGACAUUGAGGAUUUUCGAUACAACAGGACCAAAGCGGUUACAUCAUCAAUCAAGGUGGAGGAAAAGGUCAGAGUUUCUUCAGUUAUAAAAGCUAAAGCUCCAGAAAACUGGGAGGCAGUUCUUGGGGGUAUUAAAAACAUGAGGCUAUCUGGCCAAGCCCCUGUAGAUACGAAAGGCUGUGAAAAAGCUGGAUCUCUCCUUCCGCCCAAGGAAAGAAGAUUUGCAGUUCUGAUAUCAACUAUGAUGUCUAGCCAAACUAAAGAUGAAGUUACGCAUGCUGCUGUGGAACGUCUCUCUGAAAAUGGUUUACUUGAUCCCGAUGCUAUAGUCAGGAUUGAUGAGGCUACGCUUGCAAAUCUUAUCAAACCUGUUGGAUUCUAUCAGAGAAAGGCUCAGUUCAUAAAAGAAGCUUCUAAAAUUUGCCUCGAACGUUUUGGAGGGGAUAUUCCAGAUUCUUUGAACGAGUUGCUUGCUCUGAGAGGAGUUGGGCCUAAAAUGGCUCAUUUGGUGAUGAGCAUUGCUUGGAAGAAUACUCAAGGAAUCUGUGUCGACACUCAUGUGCAUCGCAUUUCUAACCGUCUUGGAUGGGUUUUCCGGGAAGGAACAAAACAGAAAACUACAACACCGGAACAGACAAGAAUGUCUCUAGAGAAGUGGCUACCCAAGGAUGAGUGGGAACCUAUAAAUCCAUUACUGGUUGGUUUUGGGCAGACUAUCUGCACUCCACUGAGGCCCAAAUGUGACAUGUGUGGCAUCAAUAACCUUUGCCCAUUAGCUUUCAAGGAAUCUUCUAGUCCAAAUCCUAAGCAAAAGGAAACGAGGUCUUCAUAGAGCUUGACCAUUUUGGAUUGUCCUUCGGUGGUAGAUAUUAUAGGGUAUUCUUUUUGUUGAUCUACUGUCGUGUGAUAACCCUUGGUGCCAGUACCAUUGGCAAACCACGUAUCAUUUUGUAUAUAUAGCUGUAAUAUGUUCCAAGACUUUGGUUAGACGGACGGCUUAGAUCUCGUCAAUUGCACUAACGUGACCUGUUUGUAAGGGAUGUUUUCGUCCCAAAUACUAGGGGCUUCCUAUA